AUGCCUGCGCGCACAAUUCCCCCUGCGGACCUCGAGUCCCUCAAAUCAUCUGUCCCGAAAAUAUUUGAACAGGCUCAGAAUACUGCCGCGAACCACCAGAAAAACUUCAUCGCUUUGUAUAAGCUUCAGGCUGAUGCAGCGACGCACACAGAAUCUGUGCAGAAUGGCCGGAGUGUCAAGCUCACGGGCGAGCGCGCCUUCGAAGAGAUCGUGCUCGUAAUGCUGAGUCGUGUUCUGCCGCUCAAAAAGGGUACCACUGUAGCCGACCGCGUGAUUAAAUUCGUAGGGGGCUACACGAAGUUUAUUAACGAGAAAGCUUCCGAGGAGAAGCAGAAGGAGCAAAUAGAUGAGGACGAAGAUACCACUGCGUCGAGAUUUGUUUCGCGGGUCUUGAAGUACCUCAUCGCAGGGUGUGUUGCCAAAGACAAAACAGUCCGUUUUCGGGUUGUCCAAUGUAUUGCUGAGAUGAUUGCACACCUGGGAGAAAUAGACGAGGACCUAUACGGAUCACUUAGGUCGUCAUUAAUGGAGCGCGUCAGGGACAAAGAGGCGGUUAUUCGCGUACAGGCGACUAUUGCGCUCUCAAAGCUUGCCGGUUCAGAGGAUAUCUCUGAGCUGGACGAUGAUGAAAUGAGCAUCAUGGGGGUUUUGAUCGACACGCUAUCCUUUGAUCCUUCGUCUGACGUCCGUCGUGCUGCGCUAAUCAACAUGCCUUUGACGCAAGAAACUUUCACCCCACUUCUAGCCCGCUCACGAGACGUGGAUUCUACCGUUCGCAAACUCCUCUACUCUGCCAUCCUCGAACCCCACUGUGUAUCCGACUCCGAGGCUGGGAUUGGUUUUACUCAUCCCCGUGCAUUGACUAUCGCUCAGCGCGAAUUGAUAAUACGCAAUGGUCUAGGGGAUCGGGAGGACAGUGUCAAAGCGGCCGCAGGCAAGCUGAUCUCGUCAUGGGUGGACAUCGUACGUACAAACGGCAUGAAAAACGAAGAAUCAGAGGAAGAAGAAGGUAUCCGGGGCGAUAUAGUAGCGUUCCUGAAGCUGUUCGAUCUUAAUGAGGGUAAAAUCGGAGAAGAUGCAUUGCUCAACCAGUUUUGGUUAGCCCUCACGUUAGAGCGCGCAUUUCUUGCCCGCGUCUUCGUAGAUCACUGCAUAGCCACUAAAGACAACAUCAGAUUGGAAUCGACGCUACCGGUGGUGACGGCAUUGGCUUUUAGAAUCCAGGCUGCAUAUAAUGGCUUGAUCAAAUUAGCUGAACAAUAUGAAGAAGACCAGCUACUGCGAAGUGGCAUAGAGGAUGAUGCUGAGGAAGAACGCCACGCACGCAUGGAGGAGCAGAAGAUCGAUACCGAAUUCAUUGUCGGCGAACUACUGAAGCUAGCAGUCAACCUUGAUUACGCAGAUGAGAUUGGCAGGAGAAAGAUGUUCCAGCUUGUUCGGGACAUGAUCUCGCACAAAAUCCUCCCGGAGAGCAUCAUUGCGCUCUGUCUCGACUUGCUGAGGAUUCUAUCGCCAAAUGAGCGUGAUUUCAUUCGAGUGGUUGUCGAAGUGGUCCACGAGUUAAGGGACCCUAGCGACCCUGAAGACGAACUGCGAGAGGUUAACGACGGAGAGAGCGAAUUUGGGCGAACGCCAGCGACGAACAGGACAAAUCGUAUGCUGCCUAAGCCUACCACAGAGAUGACACCUGCGGAGAAGGAAGAAGCGGACAAAACGGACCUCCGAUGCCUCUCGCUCUGUAUAGGCCUUUUGGAGCGGGUGAACGGGACAUUCGAAGAGAACUCGACGCUGGAGGGAAUACUCGGUGAACUGAUUAUCCCUUCAGUGAAGCGGAAGGAGAUGAUCCUAAGGCAGAAGGGACUGAUCUGUCUGGGUCUAUGUUGUCUCAUUGCUCGGCGCAUGGCAUUGGGCUCCUUCCAGUUAUUCCUAAGCCAAGUGCAGACUGCCCCUGAGGUGCUGAAGAUCAGUGUGCUGCAGGUUGUCUUUGACAUCCUGAUGGUUCAUGAGGGCGACUUCCUUGGGCCCGGAAGUACCAACGGUGAUCGGAUUUCAGAAUUCCUCCUGCACCUGUUGGAAAAAGAGGAGUCCGAAAAAGUGCAGGCGCUACUGUGCAUUGGCAUUUCAAAACUUAUGCUCUCGGGCAUGAUAGUGGAUAAUCGGGUUUUGAAGAGCUUGGUGCUGGUAUACAUCUCACCGGAAACAGUUGGCAAUCACGAACUUCGCCAAUGCUUGUCGUACUUCUUCCCGGCAUACUGCUAUUCCUCUACGCAGAACCAGCGUCGUAUGCAGGAGAUCUUCAUCCCCCUUUACGAGCAAUGGUGUGCAACUUUCCCGGAAUGGGAUGACAAUCAAGACCCGAUAACUCCUGCACAGGUGGGGUUGAUGUUUGUCGACUGGACUGACCCGCAGAAAGCAGCAGCUGCGGUCAAAGGUACACAAGGCCAUGCGUCGGCGGAGGACACCAUCCACAUGGACCUCGCGUCAGACAUGGCCAAGGCUCUAUUUAACAAAGAGGCUACUAAGGACGACAAAAAGACACUAUGCCAGCUCUUCAGCAAACUCUAUAUACCCGAAGAGCUUGAUGAUGAUAAAUUGCGCACCCUGAAACUUCUGACUUACAGCUUGCGAUCUCGCCGUCCCAUGCGGGACGCAGCGGCUCAGAACGCGAUAGUGAAGUUUGACGAUCUGAUUUCGAAGAAGUUUGCUAGACAGUUGGAGGGAUUCAGUGAGGACGAGUAUCGACAGCUUGAGAACAUGCAGGAUUUGUUUACUUUCCUCGACAACAUUCCUCCCGAAUCCGACGAGGAAGAUGUAAAACCAGCUAAACGAGCUACUAGAAAACGGAGAUCGGGAAGCAUUGCAACGGCUUCUGUUGCUAGUGGGGCCACUUCCGACCGCGACAGCGACUCACCCAAAGGGAAAGCGUCAUCGAAACGAGGGUCUAGAGCCAAGCGGCGCCGUAUAUCUGGAUCCGACGAGGGAUCCGACGACGACGACAAAUCUCGCCAGUCGCGAUCCAAGCCCCCUUCACAUGCUACGCCGACACGGAUUGCUCCGCGACGUACUGCGGCCGAGAAGACCAAUCGUGCUAUGGCAGCUGCUUUUACGCGACGAGUUGACAGCGAGGAUGAAGACGAGGACGGGGACGAAGAUGGGGACGAAGAUGAGGAUGCCAUUGAGAGAACACCUGUACCUCGGUCGCGUCCGGCUGCUGGCAGGAAUAGCAAUGCGACUGCGAGAAAUGACCGACGGCAUAGUGAGACUCCGUCCGCAGGGCCGCCAGACUCUGGUCCGGAAGAUGAGGACGAAGAAGAAGAGGUGGACGAUAUCUUGGGAUGA